AUGGCGCAAGAUAACCGCCGGGUCGCGGCAGAGAAGUCCGAGGAGAUCGGAGCAGCUAUACAAGGCGCCGUCCUCAUAGAACCUGCGACGCCAGUCGUGGCACCCGCACUGGACGCCUCUCGAGCUUCUUCCUCGCAUUCAGAAGAGACCCAGGCCGCCCAGGAUGCCGCCCGAGACCUCGAGGCGUUGGCUGCCGUCGCGACCGGACCUGUGUACUCGGCUUUCGGCAAGUGGAAAAAGCGAUAUAUUGUUGCAAUGGUUACCUGGGCCGCCUUCCUCUCACCAACUUCCGCCAAUAUAUACUUCCCCGCAUUGAACCCGCUGAAGGAAGAGCUCCACGUCUCGACGACCUUGAUCAACUUGACCCUGACGUCUUAUAUGAUCCUCCAAGGGCUGGCCCCUACAAUCUUCGGAGAUCUGGCGGACAUGGCGGGUAGACGACCGGCGUAUAUACUAGCUUUCAUCAUAUACAUAGGUGCCAACGUUGGACUGGCAUUGCAGAACUCCUAUGCCGCUCUGUUCACUCUACGAUGCUUGCAGAGUACCGGAAGCAGUGGUGCAGUUGCGCUGGGUUUCGGUGUCGUUGCAGAUGUAUCUACCAGUGCCGAGCGAGGAACGUACAUGGGCAUUGUGGGAGCGGGGACUAUGAUGGGACCAGCCCUUGGUCCUGUAAUUGGUGGUAUCCUUGCGCAGUUCCUGGGAUGGCGUUCGAUCUUUUGGUUCCUUGUCAUUACCGCCGCAUGUUUCCUCGUCCCGUUCGCCCUCACCGUCUCGGAAACAGGACGCAAUGUGGUGGGCAACGGCUCGGUACCUCCUCCAGGCUGGAACAUGACUGUCCUCGAUUGGUACCAGCAACGCAAGGAGGGCAAGGCUUUGGAUGGCCUCUCCCGAUCAGCCACGGCUGAAGGACGCCGUCUAGCGCAGGAGGAAUUGGCUAGAGGGCGAAAGCUCAGAUGGCCCAACCCGCUCAAGACUGUUCGCAUCGUCAUGGAGAAGGACAUGGCAUUUGUUCUGGUCUACAACUCCUUGCUCUACACGGCUUUCUACGAUGUCGUUGCAUCGAUACCACAACUGUUUGAAGAGAUUUACGGUUACAAUGAUCUUCAGAUUGGACUCUGCUACAUUCCGUUCGGUUGUGGAUGUGCAGUUGCUAGCUUCGUCAAUGGGAAGAUGCUGGAUCGUAAUUACAAGAGAGUAGCACAGAAGAUCGGUUUCACCAUCGAUCGUAAACACGGCGACGACCUCUCGAAAUUCCCCAUCGAGCGCGCACGCCUCGAAAUCAUUUGGCCCAUCCUCUAUUUCGGUCUCGCGUGCUGUCUCUGCUACGGCUGGGUUCUGGAGCAAAACGCACACCUAGCGGCACCGCUCAUCCUCCAAUUUUUCAUGGGUCUCUGCAUCAACGGGUCCUUCAACAUUCUCAGUACGCUCGUCGUUGACCUCUACCCACAGAGUCCCUCCACGGCGACAGCGGCGAAUAAUCUUUUGAGAUGUUCUGUCGGGGCGGGAGGCACGGGUAUCAUCGAUAUUAUGAUUAAAUCGAUGGGGAGAGGCUGGUGCUUCACAUUCGUUGCGCUGGUGUGUAUUACUGCAAGCCCCAUGUUGAUGGUCGAGAUGAAAUGGGGCCCGAUUUGGAGAGAGGAGAGAAGAGUGAGGCUUGAGAGGAGAAAGGAAGAGGAAGAUGACAUGAGGAGGGUGAGGGAGGAGGAGCAGAGAAGCUCGAGUACGGUAGGAGAUACGAAUGCUGAAUCUGAUGCGUCGAAGGGUGGAAAACGGUAG